AUGUUUCUUUCAGAAGGUCACAAGCAUCAAGUUGUUUUCAUUUUAUGGUUUUGCUGCUAUUUGGUGGUUAUUGCUGCACAGAAUAAUAUCACUGACCCUACCGAAGUUGAAGCAUUAAAAGCCAUAAAAGAAAGGUUGAUUGAUCCUAAUGGAAAUUUGAGCAAUUGGAAUCGCGGAGACCCAUGUAUGUCUCACUGGACAGGAGUAUUAUGUUUCAAUGAAACAUUAGUUGAUGGCUAUUUACAUGUUCAAGAAUUGCAACUAAUGAAUUUGAGCUUGUCCGGAAAUUUGGCACCAGAAAUUGGAAGCUUAGCUUAUAUGGAAAGAUUGAACUUCAUGUGGAACAAAAUUACUGGGAGUAUUCCAAAGGAAAUUGGCAAUAUCAAAUCUUUAGUCCUCUUGCUAUUAAAUGGAAAUCUAUUAACAGGUUCACUGCCAGAUGAGCUUGGCUUUCUUCCAAACCUUGAUAGAAUACAAAUCGAUCAAAAUAAUAUAUCAGGAUCUCUACCAACAUCAUUUGCAAACCUGAACAAGACAAAGCACUUUCACAUGAACAAUAAUUCAAUUAGCGGGCAAAUCCCACCAGAACUCUCGCGAUUACCAAAGCUUGUUCACUUCCUUCUUGACAACAACAAUUUAUCAGGACAUCUUCCUCCUGAGCUAUCCAAACUUCCAAACCUACUUAUUCUUCAACUUGACAAUAAUAACUUCGAAGGAAAUAGCAUUCCAGAUACUUAUAGCGACAUGUCAAAAUUGUUGAAGUUGAGCCUUAAGAAUUGCAACUUGCAUGGACCAAUUCCCGACUUAAGCCGAAUACCACACCUUCUUUAUCUCGACCUCAGUUCCAAUCAGUUGAAUGAAUCAAUUCCCUCCGAUCUUUCACAAAACAUCACAACCAUUGAUUUAUCAUACAACGUACUUACAGGAACCAUUCCGUCCUCAUUUUCUAAUCUUCCAAAUCUUCAGAAAUUGUCUCUUGCAAACAAUUCAUUGAUUGGCAGUGUUCCUUCUACAAUUUGGCAGAACAAGACUUUAAAUGGAACAGAAAGAUUUAUCUUGGAGUUGGAAAAUAAUCGAUUCACAACUGUAUCAGGCAGUAUUGAUCUUCCUCCAAAUGUCACAGUCUUGCUUCGUGGGAAUCCUCUAUGCUCAAAUAACAGCCUGGAUCAGCUCUGUAGCUCCGAAGGUGUUAACAACGCAGAUGGCCUAAUUCCAACAAACUCCAAUGGCUUAUGUCCCGCUCAAUCGUGCCCACCACCAUACGAGUACUCUUUGGAUUGUUUCUGUGCAGCCCCAUUGCUUGUUGAUUACCGAUUGAAAAGUCCUGGGUUUUCAGAUUUCCUUCCAUUUAUUAAUGAAUUUGAGAAGUACUUGACUACCGGUCUUACUAUAAAUAUGACUCAGCUAAACUUUACUUUUCGGUGGGAGGCAGGACCUCGACUGCGAAUGAACUUGAAGUUUUUUCCUGUAUAUCUUGGUCAAAAUAGUUCUCAUACUUUCAAUGAAACCGAGGUCGCACGAAUUAAAAGCAUGUUCACCGGAUGGAAUAUUCCUGACAGUGAUUUAUUUGGGCCCUAUGAAUUGAUCAACUUCAAUAUGGGUAUUUACCAGAAUGUUACCGUCACCUCUUCAAAAUCAGGGAUAAGUACAGGAGCAAUAGUCGGCAUAGUCUUAGGAGCAAUUGCAUGUGCGGUGACGUUGUCUGCAAUUGUUACUCUCCUUAUAUUAAGAACAAAAUUGAAAGAUUAUCGUGCAGUUUCCAAACGGCGUCAUGUGUCUAAAAUCUCGAUAAAAAUUGAUGGUGUAAGGGCCUUCACUUACGGAGAAUUGUCCUCCGCUACAAACAAUUUUAACAGCUCUGCUCAAGUCGGACAAGGGGGAUACGGGAAGGUAUAUAAAGGUAUUAUAUCCGAUGGCACUGUUGUUGCCAUUAAACGUGCACAGGAGGGGUCAUUGCAAGGCGAGAAGGAGUUCCUUACAGAAAUAUCGUUACUAUCAAGGUUACAUCAUCGCAACCUUGUCUCUUUGGUUGGAUACUGUGACGAAGAAGGUGAACAGAUGCUGGUUUAUGAAUAUAUGCCAAAUGGCACACUAAGGGAUCACCUUUCUGUUUCAUCAAAAGAACCUCUGACUUUUAUCACGAGAUUGAAGAUUGCACUAGGGUCAGCUAAAGGUCUCAUGUAUCUACACAAUGAAGCUGAUCCUCCCAUAUUUCAUCGGGAUGUCAAGGCUAGCAACAUAUUAUUGGACUCUAAGCUCUCCGCAAAAGUUGCAGAUUUUGGACUUUCAAGGCUUGCCCCAGUUCCAGAUAUGGAAGGCAUUGUGCCGGGUCAUGUAUCUACUGUGGUAAAAGGGACACCGGGUUACCUUGAUCCCGAGUACUUCUUAACUCACAAGUUGACCGACAAGAGUGAUGUUUACAGUCUUGGUGUUGUGUUUCUUGAACUUUUGACCGGAAUGCAUCCUAUCUCACAUGGCAAAAACAUUGUUAGAGAGGUCAAUCUUUCGUACCAAGCCGGCGUAAUAUUUUCAAUCAUCGACGAGCGAAUGGGGUCUUAUCCAUCCGAGCACGUAGAGAAAUUUUUAACAUUGGCCCUCAAGUGUUGCAAUGACGAGCCAGAUAAUCGACCAAAAAUGGCAGAAGUAGUUAGAGAGCUUGAAAACAUAUGGAAUGUAAUGCCAGAAUCAGAUACAAGAAGAGGUGAAUCUAUAACCAGUGUGAGUGAUUCAAGCAAAGCAAUGAGUACACCAUCUUCAUCAUCUGCUGCUAUAAGGACUUCUUUUGUAUCAGGGGAUGUGUCUGGUAGUGACCUUGUUAGUGGAGUAAUACCAAGCAUCAAGCCAAGAUAG